AAUAGUUUUUGCAAAUCUUAGAGAGAGAAAGCUUUAAGAGAGAGAAAAUCGAGCUUGAAGACGAACCAGAACGAACAACAUUAUAUACACACAAAUCUUCACACCAAAAACAUUCAUAUAUAUCAUGUAUAUGCAUAAUUUGUGAGUGAUUAGGGUAAAAAAAUCGAAAGGGGGGCACUCAGUCGAUUCUUUUAUGUCCUAUAUUUUAUAGGGCAAAAUUCGUUUUUGAUUCGGAAAUUGAUCCAUUUUACAUCAAAGAAGAACCGAAGGGGAGAGGGGAAAGGUUUCUAAGCUGGAUAUUGUUGCAGUGCUCUUCGCAAUUCAGGAAUAUACCUGUAGGCACUUAAAGUGGGUAUGCAUGGAUGUACUUCAGGAUCUGUGCAUGUAGUCAAUGCUGAGCUUGAUUCCAUGGGAGGAGUUGAUGACAGUGGAGCUGGAAUUUCUUCAACACCAUCACUGCAGCAAUCAUCAGAUCUUGAGAAAACUCAAGCGGAACUCAGGCAAACAUUCACCGCGGCUGAGAAAUUUAGAAGAGAAUUAGAAUAUCUACAGAAAGGUGGAGACCCAUUGGACUUGAAACCUGGGAAUGCAGCGUCAGUUAGCCGCCAGUCCACCUCACUGGCAGAUCGACAUCCUGAGCAGUUUGUGACAAGUGAAGCAAAAGGUAGUUUUGCAAUUACUGCUUCACCUCGUGGAGAUUCUGUUGAAAGUAGCGGUAGACUUGGGGCUCCUUCAGCCUGUGAACCCAACAGUGCUGAUAAUCUCAUGCUAUUUGAUGGUGACAAUAAGUUCCAGGAAAUUGAACGGAAACCUGUACAUCCUCAUGCAGACAACAUUGCUCCGUCCAAACAUCACUCCCAGUUGGAUGUUGGUCACAUCACCACAGGCGAUUCUGUUGUCUUAGAACUACCCAAAAAAUCAUAUAAACGUAGAAUUAGAUCUCGGCCAAAUCGUGAUGGGGCUAGGUCAAGUUCUACUGAUGCAGUUCCUUCUCGUGGUGGUCAUUUUCUUCCUUUUCGACAUGCUUCCAGGGAUUUCAAAGGAUUAACACAUGACACAGACCACCAGGAUCGUAACUGUUUGUUGAAUUCCAACUCCAAGCCUAAAAGUCCUAAUGCUAGUGUGGCUCAAAGAAAUUCUAUCACUCAGCUAGAAAAUGAAAUAGAUGGUGUGCCGGCUGUACAAUCAACCCUUGGCCCUGCACAUGGUCCAUAUUCUGCUGUUUUAGAUGCUAAUGCUUUACAAAACACUCUAGAGACUCAUGACGAUCAGCCAGUAAAAUCUAAUAGUCGGGAAGCUCCACUCACUAUUGCAUCCAUUGAACCUGAACCUGUAGCGGUUAUGAAUCGGGUACAUUUGACAGAUUCUGUACGUCCUCCCCGUGCAGACACACAGAUAUCUGAAAACCUAGCUUUUGCUAGUCCAACCAAUGGCUUUGGAAGUACGGAAGAGAUAGAAAGCAUACCUGCUGAUAGUAACAGCGGAGUAGCAAUUCCCCCAAAAAUCUUGGACUCGGAGUCGUCAUGCACCCAAACCAGUCAACGCUUUGAUGGCUAUAAUGGGAACGGUUUACCUACUAGUGCUAGGAUUGGUAAAUAUACUGGGCCAAUGGAACAAAAUUUGGUACAGAAGGAGGUAGUAGAGGUGGAACGUAAUGAUUUAGUUGCAGACAAGGAUGAUAAGAUACUGAAUAUUAAUAAAGCUAAUUCUGAUAUGUGUCAUCCAAGUCACAAUGGGGACGACUCUGCUAUUAAGGAAGAGGUAGACCUGAAAGUGUCUGAAUCUGCGUUGCAAAAUGAGUUGAAGCAUUCUGUCUCUACUAAAAGAGUUGGCUCAGAUGGCUGCACCACUCCAAAAACUGAAAGAAAGGCCACCAUUAUUUUGGGACCCAAUUCAAUUUCCCAAGAUGGAAAUGCUUGCAGUAGUAGACCACAAGGUUCUAAUGACAUCUCCUUACGGGAGUCUACAUUGUCUGUUAGGUAUCCGACUGAUGUUCCAGAGCAAAAUGCAUGCUCUCAGAACAACUUGAAACUGGCAACCAAAGAACGUGAAGACUCAAUUUUGGAAGAGGCUCGGAUUAUAGAGGCAAAACGUAAGAGGAUAGCUGAAUUAUCUGUUAGAACCUUGCCACCGGAGAGACGUCUAAAAUCACAAUGGGACUUUGUCCUUGAGGAAAUGUCAUGGUUGGCUAAUGAUUUUGCGCAGGAGCGCCUUUGGAAGAUAACCGCAGCUGCUCAAAUUUCUCGGAGAGUGGCUUUUGCUUCUCAAGUAAGGUUCCAACAACAAUGUUCACUGCAGAAGCAGAAGGAAGUAGCUCACCGCUUGGCAGAAGCUGUCAUGAAGUUCUGGCACACGAUACAGGUGAAAUGCAAGGAGACCGAGUCACGCUGCCUUAAAAGAGAUAAUAGAAUUGGGAUUCAGGGAUAUGCAAUGAGGUUCUUGGAGUACAAUAGCUCUCAAGUUCAGUACAACGCAACUCAAGCACCUGCGACUCCUGAUAGCAUCAUGGACCUUUCAUGGGAGGAUAAUCUGACAGAAGAGAAUCUCUUUUAUACAGUACCACCUGGUGCAAUUGAGGCCUACAGAAAAGCGAUUGAAUCUCAUUUGCUACAAUUUGAGAGAACUGGCAGUAGCAUGCAAGAUGAAGUGGAUACAUCUGGCUAUGAUGCUGUUGCAGACUUCAAAUCUCAAGAUAAUGCAUUUGAAGAGGAUGAGGGAGAAACAAGCACAUAUUAUCUCCCAGGUGUGUUUGAAGGUAGCAAAUCUACGAAAAAUGCUCAGAAGAGGAGAAAACACUUCAAAUUUUAUGGUGCAAGAUCACAUGAGAUGGGAGGUGAUUUGUCACUCAUGCAAUCCGCUGAAAGAACUGUUGGAACUCAACCCUCUGUGUUGAGUGGGAAACGAUCUGCCAGCAGUUUAAAUGUUUCAAUUCCAACAAAACGUGUGCGUACUGCUUCCAGGCAGAGGAUAAUAAGUCCAUUCAAUGCUGGAACUUCUGGGUGCAUACAGGCACCAAAUAGGACAGAUGCUUCAAGUGGCGAUACCAAUUCCUUUCAGGAUGAGCAAAGUACUCUACAUGGUGGAUCACAAAUACCAAACAAUAUGGAAGCUGAAUCUGUGGGAGACUAUGAAAAGCAAUUACAGUUUGAUUCCACUGAAGUUUCAAAUAGACCUAAAAAGAAAAAGAAAGCAAAACAUCCUGGAUCCACAUUUGAGCAUCGGUGGCACCUUGAUUCUAAUUUUCAGAAUGAGCAGAAGGAUCACUCAAGAAGGAGACCGGAUACACAUCAAUUUGAAUCAAAUGGAAGCAGUGUGGCUUCUCAGAUGAGUAAUAUGUCCAAUCCAAAUAAGUUCAUGAAAUUACUUGUGCGAGAUCGUGGCAGGAAAGCCAAAGCACUUAAGACCCCUGUUGGGCAGCCAGGUUCAGGAAGUCCAUGGUCAUUAUUUGAAGAUCAGGCCCUUGUUGUGCUGGUUCAUGAUAUGGGUCCAAACUGGGAGCUUAUAAGUGAUGCCAUCAACAGCACUUUACAGUUCAAGUGCAUCUUCCGCAAGUCCAGAGAAUGCAAAGAACGCCACAAAAUUUUAAUGGAUAGGAAUACUGGUGAUGGAGCUGAUAGCGCUGAGGAUUCAGGGUCGUCUCAACCUUAUCCAUCUACUUUACCUGGCAUUCCGGAGGGCAGUGCUAGACAAUUAUUUCAACGAUUGCAGGGACCAAUGGAAGAGGAUACACUCAAAUCUCAUUUCGAGAAAAUUAUUGUGAUUGGACAAAAACAUCAUUAUAGAAGGACACAGAAUGAUAAUCAGGAUCCAAAACAGUUGCAGCAGCCUCAUAGUUCUCAUGCCUUUGCUCUUUCUCAAGUCUGCCCAAAUAACCUUAAUGGUGGACCUGUCCUUACGCCUCUUGAACUGUCCGAAGCAAUCUCGUCCAGCCCAGAUGUUCUUCCUGCUGGUUAUCAAGGUCCUCAUAGUGGUGGGUUACCAGUUCUGAAUCAUGGUCCUGUACCACCAAUGCUUCCUGGUUCUGGUUCCACUUCAUCAGCACCUGGUUCGUCCAAUUCGGUUCAUGGAAGUAACCUUCCAUCUGCAUCUGCUCCACUUAAUCCAUCUGUUAGGGAGGGAAGAUAUGGGAUCCCUAGAACGGGGUCAUUAUCAGUAGAUGAACAGCAAAGAAUGCAACAGUACAAUCAAAUGUUAUCUGCGAGGAACACACAGCAGGCCAGUUUGCCUCCCGGGUCUCAUUCAGUGACCGAUCGAGGCGUACGCAUGUUACCGGCAGGAAAUGGUAUGGGUGUUAUGUGUGGGAUGAAUAGAAGCGUGAAGAUGGCAAGACCAAAUUAUCAAGGGAUUGCAUCGCCAUCUAUGUUGAGUUCUGGUAACAUCCUACCUUCUGGUUCGGCAACACCAAACCCUGCUAGUAUGCACUCGGGGGCUGGUGCUGGUCAUGGUCCAGGUCAAGGAAACUCGAUGUUGAGGCCACGUGAUGGUAUGCAUAUGAUCCGGCCCAACCAGAACACCGACCAUCAAAAAGCUGUGGCGGCAGACCUUCAGAUGCAGCAAGUAUCACAGGGUGGGGUCAGUCAAGGAGUUCCCGCAUUUGGCAGUGGAACAAGUUCGUCAUUUCCUAAUCAGAUUUCCCAACCACCUGUUCAGGCAUACCCACUUCAUCACCAGCAGCAAGCACGUCCGAUUUCCCCCCAACAGUCACCGCAUCUGCUUACCAGUAAUUCCCAUCAUCCACAUCAUUUCCAAGGACCUCCAAAUCCCGCUUAUGGAAUGCGACUCGUUAAAGAGAGACAACUUCAGCAACAGCGUUUACUGCAACAACAGCAGCAACAAUUCUCUACAUCCAAUGCCAUGAUGCUGCAUGCACAACCACAAGAGUCUCAACUUCCGGUUUCCUCUCCACAAAAUAGUACACAAAUGCAAUCACGAUCUUCAUCUCCGCCAGUGUCGAUUUCACCUAUGAUGACUCCAAUGCCGCAACUUGCGCAGAAACAUCCUGUAUCUGCACCCCAUGGUCUUGUGCGCAACCCUCAAACUAGCGGCACCACCCAAAUGGUGAAGCAGCAGCAACGGCAACGUCAAUCGCAGCAGUUUCAACAACGGCAACAGGCGCAGCAUCAGCAGCAGCAGGCUAAGAUUAUGAAAGGUGGAAGGGGAACCAUGAUGAUGCAUCAGAAUCAUCCCACUGAUACCUCAGAAAUGAAUGGCUUCUCCGGAGGUCAAUCUACUGCAGAUAAAGGCGAGCAGCAGGUCGUGCAUCAUUUGCCGCAAAGUGGUCAAGGGAGCUUGUAUUCUGGUAAGCAAUCUUUACCUCAUUCUUCUAUGAAUCAACCACACCAGCAGAAGACAUAUUCAUCAAAGGAACUUCAGCAGCAGAAGCCUUCUCAUUCAGCCGAUAAUAACAACCACCAAAAUCAUGCUCCAUCACCAUCAACGGUUACCUCAAGUACACCAUCAGUCAUCACUUCAUCCAACCACCACCCGCAUCGGUCUCAGCCACAUCAGAAGUCGGCUAAUCAUAAACAAGCCACGGUUCCUCCAAAAGUAUUGCAUAAUCAGAAAGUAAAUCCCUCUGACCAGCCUACAAGCAAACUGCAAGCUGCUCAAGCUGAAUCACCUAUGUCUAUGAGCAACUCCUCUCAGCCGAAUACAACUCUUCCGAUGCCUCAUGCACCUUGUAACGAUGCAAAUAGUAGUGAAAAACUUGUUUAUUCGUCUGCAGCUCCACAUCGGAAGACAUCUGAGAUGAUUUACGAUUCUUCUGGUGCAGUGCCAGAUAAUGCAGGAACACAGUUUGGUAAGAACUCCAUGCGGAUGUCUCCACCUCAAACAAGCGGCACUGGGAUGGAGAGUGAACAUUCUGGACCAGCUGUUAACCAAGUUGCGGUUCAUAGGCAGUCUUCAUCAGAAAGCUUGCCUAAUCCUGUUCGGAAUGAUGUGGGUGUACAGUGGCAGCAGCAGCCCCCUUCAUAACUACUACCUCCUGAUUGCCUGCUAAUUUUAGACCGGAAUAGAGCACUCUAUAACAGUUUCUUUGAGUGGUUCUGGGCCGGACCGUUUUGGCUGGGCUGCCAUUCCCAUUAAGAGCAAUCUGCAGAUGAAGCUCAGUUCCAUGGGGGCAAAAGAUGGAAAGGGGAUGGCAGCAAUUUGUGUUUGAAAGAUAGGUUAACUGAAGUGAAGUAGUAGGGCUAAUUCUUGUAUAAAAUGAUGAGUAGGAGAUGGAAGGGAGGAAGGAUAAAGAGGUAUGUGUACAGGAAUUCCAUCCAUCCCUUCUUUCUUUUUUUUAAACAUUUUGUUUAAUUUUUCUUAUCUUUAGAUUCAUUAGCCCUAUGUAUUAGCACACCCUUUUUUGUAAUAGGUGGGGUCGUAGUGGUAGUUAUCAUUGGGGGAAAUUUUGUGAAUACCAGUAGUGUAUACUUAGAUCAAUGUUGUUGAAAAUCACCAUUGCAUCA